CUUAGACAGCAGACAUGUUAUCGAACCUUCGAAUCACCCAAUCGCGUUAAAGGUAUAAAUAUUCGUUAAACUCGAUAUAGGAAGUGAAUGUAGAUUUACCAUUUUAAGUUUAGUGCGAUACACUUGAUCGUUUAAUCACCGGUUUAGGAUUUACGAUGUUUUGAAGUCGCUUCGGCAAAGCGUAACCUGGUACAGGGGGAUUUUGUGUUAUUUUAAUAGACACAAAUAUUUUCAUUCUGUCGUAUUGAAGAUAUUAGAAAUUCAACCGUGUAAACUAGUUGUUAUUGUCGCGUAUGCGCGAACACAACCAUUGUGGUCUACAAUUAAAAUUAAUUAGACGCUGAAAUACCGUUGUGAGUGCCAUAAAUAUCGCGAUCAAACUAAAUGAUAUAGAAACUGAUUUUCAAACGUGCAUACUAACGUGACCUUAGGCGCAUUGAAAACCGGGUGUCAUGUGCGCUUUACGCAAAUUUCUUUGUGCUGCGCUCGUGCUCGCAAGGGCCUGGUCGACCGUGAAGAGCACGUGCAUCAACAGCACUACGUUUACGCAGACUCACUCGGACAUUACGAAAAUAACAAGCAAUCUUUUCUGGAAUUGUUCGCAUGUCAUGUUUGUUUACGUCUCAAACAACAUAAUCCCGGAGCUCAGCAACGACUCGUUCGAUUCCUUGUGGUCAAUGCGGAUUCUUCAUCUCAGCUAUAACAACAUCUCGUUCAUUCAGGAAGGGACGUUUUCGGGCCUUCGUCAGUUGACGCAUCUCAACAUUUCACACAAUUCGCUCAAAACGUUACCACUUAACUUCUUUGACAACAAACCCGCUUUAGCGCAUGUGGACCUUUCUCGGAACCGUAUAACUCGCAUAUCGCUGUCCGUGUUCAAGAAAUACGAGUUGUCUAACCUUAGUGUUGUGGAUCUGAGCCAUAACCUGCUAACUGCUUUCGAGCCCUGGGCAUUCGUCAACUCGCCUAUACCUUUGGUCAACUUGUCCUUCAACAAUAUAUCGACGUUCACGAACACAGGGAACUGGAGUUACACCAAAAGAGUGAUCUACGAUUCGGCUAUGACUGAUCUUCGAUGGAACCAGAUAACCACGUGGCACGACUGGUACCUGAUGCAAUACAAGGACACGACGGCAGGGCCUGAAAGCAUAGAGGCGGUCCUACUUGAACUUCUCACCGACAUCCGGGAAAACCCCUUGCACUGCGACUGCAACAUGUACAAUUUGGUGAAAACCAUCAGCAAUUCGUUUUACAAGUACUCAAACAACCCGUACAUGAACGCGGAGUGUGCGUCUCCCCCGGAACUCAAAGGCAAGCGAAUAUUUUUCGACAUUCCUGUGCGCAACCUUGUGUGCAAUCUGACCGACAACUGCCCCGCCGGUUGUCUAUGUCAGGACCACCCUGCCCUCCGACAGAUGAUUGUUUACUGCAACGGUAAAAACUUAACAGAGGUUCCGAAGGUGCUUCCGGAUACGGAGUUUCCCGAAUAUGUUCUUUACCUGGGUAAUAAUUAUAUCACAAGAAUUGACAAUGUAAGCUACCUUUCCAAAGUUGUCAGCCUGUCAUUGCCCAAUAAUUUUCUGACUGAUCUUCCGGAUUUUGUUAUGCAAACUGUUGCCGGAGACGACAACGCGUUCGUUAAUUUCAGCAAUAAUCAGCUGCAGCAAAUCCCGGAAAGCACGCAGAACAUAAAAUAUCAAAAUGCUCAUUUCUAUGGUAACAACCUAGAAUGCUCAUGUGACAUGCUUUGGAUGGUAGACUGGAUCAAGCUGGCACCGGGAUAUGCGAACAAAGAUUUAUACUGUACAUUUGAUGGUAAAACGCAUAAAAUUAUUGAACUGGAUGAAGACGUUUUGAAUUGCAGCAACGUAGGUAAUAUAAUAUUAAUCGUUGUCCUAUCGGUUGUCUUUGUGAUCGUUAUUGCCCUCAUUAUUACGGCCAAGCGGUGUCCGUAUGAGACUAAAGUACUGCUGUUCAAAGUGUUGGGUAUCCAUCCGUCGGACAAGUACAAACUGGACGAAAUUCCGGACAUGCCCUACGACAUGUGCGUCUCGUUCGACGAGAACGAUGACUAUGCGAGGCAAUGGGUCAUGAAGAAGCUGUUCAAGAAUCUCGAGGGAAAGAAACCGUUCUUCCGGUUGUGCACGUUUGCCCGGGACGGCAAGGCGGGGGCGGAGGCCGAGAGCCGACUGAACCUUCUGGAGCGCAGCCGCAGGGUGCUGGUGGUACUGAGCAGCAAGUACGAGAAGAAUCAGUGGAACGACUACGAGUUGUGUCAGACGGAGAGAUUGGAACCGAACGAGGGCCGUGUGAUAUUCAUUAUAUACGACAAAAUCUCCGAGAAGAGGUCCAAGACGGAACCGUUAGCCACAAGGCUUAAAGAACGCAAGGUGUUUUCUGUGCAUGACCGGCUUCUGUGGUCUAAACUGAGAUACGAACUACCGAAACGGCCGUGUAAAAUUCCAGAUAAAGACCCGGCUGACACCGACGCAGGCGAAGAACAAAUAAACAUGUACUAGUACAAGAUGAACAAUACUGUGUUUUAAGCAUAAUCCAUCUCGUAUAAUUCGAGUGUAAAUAACUAGUCAAUCAAAGCAGGAGUUGGAAAAUGAGGACAGCGUUUCUUUGAAUCUUCUGAUAUUUAGUUUAAACCUAUUUACUAGUAUUUUAGCUCGAUUGCGUCGAAAGCCUCCGGCUUAUAGAAACACUCUCAAGUCCGUUUCCUGGGCUAAUAACCAGUACUGUCUUGGUGUCUUUGGAGAACGCUCCCCGAGUGGUGAUCGAACCCGUGACGCUAGGCGGACACCUUAUCCAUUACGCCACGGCGAACUAAUAUUCUGAUAUUUGAAAGUGCGUAUCUUACAUAGCGGAUAUACACUGAACACGCAAUUAGCACUGUGUACUAAUAUAUGUGCAUCUGGAUUAAUGUCGACUCUUUACGACACAGAAGUAUAAAUGUGUGGCUUUAUUCUGUACCGUAUGGAGAUCUACGUAUUUUAUGUUCGUUUUAAUCAUUCAUGUUACGUAUCAAAUAACGUGUAUAUCGUGUAAUACAUACCGAUUACAUUAUUGAAUUAAUCUGAAUGCUGUUCAAACUGAUGGUUAUCUAUUAUGAAGUUAGCCGUUAGUUCAAGCUGUAUUCUUUAAAUACAUGUAUGCUCUAAACAUCUCUAAUGUUUUGUAUGUUAACUCAUUACUACAGCAAGUAAAACAUGUUUCGUAACACUAUUGCAUGUAACAGUAUACGUUCCCGGGCCCUCUGGAAGCAAAAUAUUGUGAGCUACUACUGUGUCAAUCUAGCUGCUUUAAGUUUGAGCGGAUUAUAAACGCUAUGUUAGUAUUUAAUAAAAUAUCAAUGAAAAGCUUUAAAAAGCUUUAUAAUUUUACAAAUUUUGAAAGACGAUUUUACACCAAUCGACCAAUAUUAACAUUGUUCUUAACGAAGUGUUGUUUCGCUUGUUUAAACAAUGUGUGCAUACUUUUUUGAAUUUGAGACAAAGAUUUUGUAAAUAGUCAUUUACUGUUUAACCAAAAAAGUCAUUUAGUGUUUAACCAAACUGCGAACUAGUCGUUUUUAAACAACAGUUACAUAUAUUCCAAUGAUGUAUUGUGAUUCAUUGCGCAUAUUCAUACAUUAACAAAUAAAUAUAUAUAUAGCUGAAGUACGCCAAAGACUCUCAAGAAGUACUUUAGGCGGGAGAAAAGUAUUUUGUACAAUAAAUCUUGCAGGUGAUAAUGAUAUGCUAAAUAAAUAUCGCGUUUGACUUCCUGUUUCACAUUAUAUUUAUGUGAUAAGAGGUCCAAUAAAACUACAAGGUU